AUGUCAACAACGAAAGGUCUCAUUGUUACUGAGACGCUCUUGCAGAACGGAAACCCGGUCGAUAAGAAUGGAACUAUCACUCAAGUAAAGACUGUCGAAGUCAACCAACCGUAUCCACCGACAAGACUGCCAUUUGAGCUCGAGGAGCAUCCCAUCGACGAGGUUCGACAGAUCAAAGUCGGGGUAAUUGGAGCUGGACUAUCAGGUAUCACAGCCGGAGUAUUGCUGCCCGCUAAGCUGCCCGGACUGGAUCUGAGGAUCUACGACAAGAAUGCCGAUGUGGGAGGCACAUGGUUUGAGAACACGUACCCCGGCGUGAGAUGCGAUAUCCCUGCGCAUGUCUAUCAAUCCGGAUUUGAGCCUAACACGCAAUGGACGGAAGAGUUCGCUCAGGGCCAUGAGAUUCGCGAGUAUUGGCAGCGGGUCGCUCGUAAGUACGAUGUCUACAAAUAUCUCCGGCCACGGCAGAAGGUGCAAAAGGUCGAAUGGCUGUCUGAAGAUGCCAAAUGGGAGGUUACUCUGAAGGAUCUGGAGAGUGGAAAGGUCUACGAGGAAAAGCUCGACGUCGUGAUCAAUGCCAUCGGGCACUUCAAUGCAUGGAAGCUGCCCGACUACGAGGGCAUCAAUGACUACCAAGGCGACCUGUUCCAUUCCUCCAACUGGAAUCACAACGUCGAUUUGAAGGGCAAAAGAGUCGCACUGAUCGGCAACGGAGCAUCAGGGCUGCAGGUACUCCCGUCCAUCCAGCCCAUCGCAGCACAUGUGGAUCACUACGCCAGGAAUCGCACUUGGAUUGCAGAUUCGUUUGGCACUACGGGUGUCCGACGACUGGAGCCCAAUUUAUUCUCUCAGGAGCAGCUUGAAUCCUUUAAAGACCCCGAGGAGUACCUAAAGUACCGCAAGAGUGUCGAGCAGGGCUACUUCUCCCACUCGCCUGAGAACAGAGACCUGCGUGAGAAAUGGACGAACCUGAUGCUGCAACGUGUGGGCAACAAACCUGAACUAGGAGACAAGAUUAUCCCCGACUUUCCACCCAAUUGCCGUCGGCCCACGCCGGGACCAGGCUAUCUGGAGGCGCUCACAAAGGACAAUGUCAGCUAUAUCCAGACACGUAUUAAAAAAUUCACAGGCAAGGGAAUCGUAACAGAUGAUGGAAUAGAACGCGAGGCCGACGUCGUCAUCUGCGCUACAGGAGCCAACGUCGACCACGCCCCUCCCUUUAGCAUCAUAGCGAAUGGCAUCGAUCUCAAAAGCGCAUGGAAACCGGACGGGUUGUACGGCCAUCCAUACAACUAUCUUGGUGUUGCAACACCCGGAUUUCCCAACCUCUUCUGGAUUGGAGGUCCUCAUUCGACCGGGCACAGCGGUAGUGUCCCUAACAGCAUCGAGAAUCUGGUCACUUAUGUUGCCAAAUUCCUUCGCAAGAUCCGCAGCCAGGGCAUACAGACAAUGCAGCCUUCCAAAGCAGCCACGGACGACUUUGUCGAGUACUGUGAUCGAUUCUAUCCACGGACGGUGUGGAGCGAUAAUUGUAGCUCAUGGUAUAAUGGUGGUCGACCCGGAGGGAGGAUCCAUGGUCUAUUCCCCGGGAGUGCAGCGCAUCUCAACUACAUCCGCCGUGACCCCCGGUGGGAGGACUGGGAGUACACUUACACCAAUCCCAGUGGAAAUCGAUUUGCUUAUUUUGGCAAUGGAUGGAGGCAGCGAGAGUUGGACAGUGAGGCUGAUCUGACGCCGCAUCUCAAGGAGCCAGAGACGAUCGAUCUUCGGUCGUAUCUUGAGGGUUGGUGGGAUGUUUGA